AUGCCAGCGAAAAGACUCCCUCAAGGGACACCUCCCGAGCCCAUCGCGGUCAUCGGCAUGAGCUGUCGCUUCUCUGGGGAAGCCUCGUCGGUCGAGGGGUUCUGGGAGAUGCUGCGACAGGGCCGUACGGGGCAUGGCCGAGUGCCUGCCUCCCGGUACGAGGCGUCGGCCUGGCAUCAUCCGAGCCAUGAACGGAAAGGAGCCAUCAACCACGAUAGCGGCUUCUUCUUAGACGAGGAUCCCGCGCGAUUCGACGCCCCGUUCUUCUCCAUCACGGCCAAAGAGGCCGCAGGGAUGGACCCGGCACAGCGUCUCCUGCUUGAGGUGGCCUACGAAGCGUUCGAGAACGGGGGUGUGCCAAUGGAGUCUCUGCCUGGCAGCAGCACGGCCGUGUUCUCGGGCUGCAUGACAAAUGACUACGAGCUGCUGUCGACGCGCGACAUCUAUGACAUGCCGCAUAACUCCGCCACAGGAAACGGGCGCACUAUGCUGGCUAACCGGCUGUCGUGGUUCUUCGAUCUCCGUGGGCCCAGCGUGAUGCUGGACACGGCGUGCUCCUCGAGCCUGACGGCCUUGCAUCUGGCCGCGCAGGCGCUGCGGGCCGGCGAGUGUCGCAUGGCUCUGAUCACUGGUGCCAGUCUGAUCCUUCACCCCAACUUCACGCAAAGACUGUCUUACAUGCACAUGCUGAGUGCGGACGGGAUCAGCCAUUCGUUCGACAUCCAAGCCAACGGGUAUGGCCGCGGCGAAGGCCUGGGAGCCGUGUUGCUUAAACCCCUGGCCCAGGCCCUGGCUGAUGGCGAUGCCAUCCGCGCUGUCGUUCGUGCCACCGGCAUCAACCAAGACGGACGCACCCCCGGCAUCACCAUGCCCAAUCCUGUCGCCCAGGCCGAUCUGAUCAGGACUGUAUAUGGGCCUGGUCUGCCCUCGAUGCGGGACACCCCGUUCUUCGAGGCCCACGGGACCGGGACUCCCGUCGGUGAUCCCAUCGAACUGACCGCCAUCGGGGAAACCCUGGGAGCGGCACGAACGCCCGCCGACGAACCGGUCUACGUGGGCUCCGUGAAACCCAAUAUCGGACACACGGAAGGCGCCGCAGGCGUAGCCAGUCUGAUCAAGACGGUGCUUUGUCUGGAGAAGGGCAUGCUGGUGCCCACAGUCGGAGUGACGGAGCUGAACCCGAAGAUCCGUCUGGAUGAGUGGCGUCUUCGCCUGAACGAGACCGCCAUGCCCUGGCCGUCGCACCUGCCUCAGCGUGCCAGCAUCAACUCCUUCGGCUUUGGGGGCGCAAAUGCCCACGCUAUCGUUGAAAGCACCUCGCAGUAUCUGUGGCAGACCUCAACGCGGGCCUCCCCGGCCACUGCCACACGCACCCCCCAGCUGGUGGUGUUUUCGACCCACGACAAAGCCGGCAUCGAUCGGACGGCCGAGAAAUGGGCUGCCUUCCUCGAUGCCCGCAUUGCCGCUGGAAAGCCUCUCCCUCUGUCUGCCGUCGCCUAUACUCUGGCCAUGCGCCGCUCACAACUGGCCUUCCGCAGCUUCGCGGUGGCUGACUCCGCCGAGAAUCUGCGCGACUCCCUGGCCCAUGGCCUGCCCGGCUUCCCCCGCGCCAGUCGCACGAACCUCACCCCCCUCGCGUUUGUCUUCACCGGACAGGGCGCGCAGUGGGCCGGGAUGGGCGCGGAGCUGCUGGGCAUGCCCGUCUUCGCGGAGAGCAUGGCGCGCAGCCAGCAGAUACUCGCGAGCCUUGACUGCCCGUGGGACCUGCUCGCAGAGAUCACGGCCGACGCGGCCGACUCGCACAUCAACCAGCCGAGUCGCAGCCAGCCAAUCUGCUGUGCGCUGCAGAUUGCUCUGGUGGAUCUACUGGCCAGCUGGGGCGUGUAUCCGCGGGCCACCGUGGGCCAUUCCAGCGGCGAGAUCGGCGCGGCCUAUGCGGCAGGGUAUCUGAGCCACGACGACGCCAUCCGAGUUUCGCACUUCCGGGGAGUCUGCUCGCAGCAGAUCGCCGAUCAUGGCCGCCGCGGAGGCAUGCUGGCAGCCGGACUCUCGGCCUCGGAAGCCCAGGGCUACCUGGACCCCCUGCCCGCGCAGUCGGUGGUGGUGGCCUGCGUUAACAGCCCCUCCAGCGUCACUCUCUCAGGCGACGCCGACCAGAUCGACCGCCUGGCGGACCGGUUGCAGGCCGACGGGCAUUUCGCCCGCAAAUUGCGCGUCACCACGGCCUACCACUCGCCACACAUGCAAGCCCUAGCCGAGACCUACGAGCAGGCCAUCCAGCCCGUGCAGCCGCAGAACCGCCGCCAGGAUACCAUCGUCAUGCUCUCGUCCGUCACCAAGGAGCGCGUGCACUCAGCCGACCUGGGCGCCGCGUACUGGGUGCGCAACCUGACCAGCCCCGUGGAGUUCGCGGCUGCUGUGUCGCAGCUGGCCACCCUCCCCGACGCCAGCAAGGCCCGCCGUCGCCCAGUGCCGGUCAAAUGGGGGUGUUUCCUCGAGAUCGGCCCUCACGAGGCCUUGAAGGGCCCGUUCAUGCAGACCCUGCAGGCUGUGAACGCUGGUCUGGCCGCCGUGCCCUACCAUGCCCUCGUCCGCCGAAAGGAGGACGGCGUGCAGACGGCCCUGCAGGUCGCGGGGUCGAUAUGGAGCAUCGGCGCGGCCAUCGACCUCGCCGCCGUCAACGGGGGCGUCGAUGGCACGGCUCCGCCCGUGGAGGUGAUUUCAGACCUCCCGACAUACCCCUGGAACCACCAGACAUCCUUCUGGCACGAGCCGGUGGAAUCGGCCCAGCUGCGCCGGCGUCGCGAGCCGCGCCACGACCUCCUCGGCGCCGCCCUCGACUAUCACAACCCCUUCGAGCCGCGCUGGCGCAACUUCCUGCGCGUGGCCGAGAUGCCCUGGCUCGCGGACCACGUCGUCGCCGGCUCCAUCGUGUAUCCCGCCGCCGGAAUGGUGGGCAUGGUGGCCGAGGCCGCGCGGCAGCUGGCUGAUCCCUCGCAAAGGCUCGCCGGCAUCGAAUUCCAGGACAUUGCGUUCCGGCGAGGCAUGGUCAUUCCCCCGGAUGCCCGGGGGCUGGAGACAACGGUGCAUGUGGCGUCGCGUGCGGGCCUGCCCGGGUGGUACGAGUUUGGCAUCUUCUCCCUGCCCGAGGGCGCCUCCUGGAUCCAGCAUGCCGCCGGGCUGGUGAGCCUGCAUUAUGGGGAUGGCGAUGAGACCCGUGAUCCGGUGGGAUGGGAACACACUGUCGAGCGAGUGCAGGAAGCCCAGGGGGCUGCGCAGGAGAAAGAAGUCCAGGCUGUCUACGAAUGGCUGUCCCAGACAGGGGGGGUCAACCUGGGCCCUACAUUUCGCUCCAUUGCCAGCGCGGCUUUCACCCGGGAUGGACAGCGUCUCUGCCUCGGCGGCGUUGUGCCGGACACCCAGCGGAUUAUGCCCUAUGAGCGCGAGUCUCCCUGCUUCCUGCAUCCCACAGCCCUGGACGCGCUGUUCCAGGCGGCGGUGCUGUGCUGCUCCGAGGCCCUGUCGAAACAGAUCGCCAAUAUCCCCGUCGGCGUGGAGCGGCUGUACCUGCCCACGACUCUCUCCUGGGAGGCUGGAGACCAAUUUGCUGUCUACACCGAGACUCGCUGGGAAAAUGGCGAGUCUCGAUCUGAUUGUCUGGCCUCAGAUCCGGGCUGGUCCGAGCCGGGGGUGUUCCUCCAGGGCGUUUGGCUGGGCCGCGUGCCCGUCCAGAAAAAGACCGCGACUGCGGUGGAGGGUGACGAUCGUGCAAGUCGGUACUCGUCCGUCGUCUGGGGGGAGCAUCUGGAUUCCGCGGCCCUGCAGUCGGGUCUCCUGCACAAGUGGAUGGCGCAGGUGUGCUAUACGCAUGGCGACGCGCGAGCUCUCGUCGUGGCAUCCUCCGCCGCGAGUGAUAUCUUCCGGAGUCUGGAGGGGGUGGCGCCCAUUGUCGGUCAUCGACCCUGUCUGCAGCAGCUGACGGUGGUGUUGACGGGCCCAGGGGAACAGGAGCAGGAGCAGGAGAAGGAGAAGGCCCGGCUGGUCAAAACCCUUCCCGGCGCGCAGGUCCAGGUGGUGUCCUCGUUGGACGAGUUUGACUCGUCCUCCCUCGGAGAUGGCCUCUACGAUGUGGUCCUCCUCGAUCAUCCCACUCUAUGGGAUGGCAAUGCUCUCCCUGCCACACUCGCCUCUCUACGUACCAUCACCAGGCCGGAAGGAUGGUUGGCAGUGCGAGCACCCCCGGGAGACCCCCUCGCAGCCGUGGCCCGCAUGCCACAGCCCUCUGUCGAGUGCCCGAGUGAAAGCGUGGAAUGGCAGCUGAAACAUCUGACCGAGGACGCAGCCUUCCUCCUGACGCGGCGACAGCCCCUGCCCACACACUGGGACUCCGUCAUCAACGUGCUAGCCCUACACCCUGACCAGAUCCCUGCCUCCCUGGUCGGCCAGCUAGAGGCGGUCUUCAAAUCCGCCAUCCGCUGCAUCGGCCUGGAUGAGGUCUCCACCGUCGCCAACCAAACCGUCAUCUCGCUGCUCGAGUUCCAUCAGCCCUGGGUAUCGACCUGGACGGCCCCGGAAAUGGAGCAGUUCCGCGCUUUGCUCGACGCGAGAUACGUCCUCUGGCUGUCCCCCGUCCCGGAGGAAGGCAGCGCCGCGCAGGCGGCCUUUGGUGCCACUACAGGGCUGCUCCGUACCCUGCGCAACGAGGUUCGCGGUGUGGCCCUCCCGCAGCUCCAGCUCGCUGAGGCGGAUCGACUAGACGCAGCCCGUCUUGCGUGCGGCAUCGAGCAGGUCAUGCAGCUCACCCGGCAGCAGGAAGGAUCGCGGGCCCCGGACCACGAGUUCCGCCUCGAAGGGAGUCGCCUGCUGGUGCCGCGGCUCAUGGCCUCGGAGGCGGUUGAUGAGGGCAUGCAGACUCUGCUGCAUGGAGCGCGGGCGACGAUGGCCCGGCUGGCGGAGGACCCCAGACCCCUGCGGCUCACGCAGGAGGGUCAGUGGGAGGCGGAUGAGGGCAUAGUUGGGGUUCCUCUCCCUGCGCACCACGUUGAGGUGCAGCUCCAACUACUGUCCGUCUCGGCCUCUACUUCUGCCCCGGAAGCACGGGUGUCGUGGAUGGAGGCCGUGGGGACCAUACGGCAGGUUGGACCCUCCGUGGAAGGUCUAGCAGAGGGCGACGCGGCCAUUGUGAUGCUGGAGGGAGACCGCAUCGCCACGCAUAUCCGGGUUCCCCGCCAUGCAGCCCUCAAGCUCCCACGGGGGAUAGAUCCCCCCCACGCCGUCUCCAUGCCUCUAUCAUACACCCUGGCCUACAGCAGCCUAUUCGACACCGCCCGUCUAGAGGCGGGAGAAUCUGUGCUCGUGGCCGGACCACUCAGUCAGACCCUCCGGGCCACAGUGGGCUGUGCCCUCGCCGCCGACCUGCGGGUGUACGUCGCAGUCGAGACCAACGGCGACAAAGACGCCAUUCUGGCCCAGUAUCCCUCCCUCGAGGACCAGGACCAGGACCGGGUCCUCCUGCUGCAUUCCGCAUGCGAAUCCACCAUCGCCCGUCUCACGCACGGCCAGGGCGUCCGCGCCGCAAUCUGCAGCCGGGGAGGAUCCGCCGGCCGGGCUGCCGCGCGCUGUCUCGCCGCUGGAGGACACUACGUCGACACGAGUGGGGAGAUGAAGGCCGCUGCAUUGCCAGAUAGCUUCACGGAUCGCGGGUGCACGUUCUCGUCGUUACCGAUGGCCCGCAUCCUGCGCGACAAGCCCGACCGCAUGCACGCUGCCCUCCGUCUCCUUGCCACGGAGAAAGAGAAACUGCUCGCAACGGUGCAUGCCUACCCGACCUACCCUGUCGCUCACCUGAACCACGCCCUGUCUCACGCCCGGGACGCAAACACGCGCGUAACCCUAUCCCUCGACACCCCCGACCCAGUCCCCAUCAUCCCCCCACCACCCGCCCCCGUCUCCCUCCCAGAAGGGAAGACCUACCUCCUCGUCGGUGGAUUAGGAACACUGGGCCUCGCCCUCGCCUCGACUCUCGUCGACUGCGGUGCGCGGCACCUCGUCUUCCUCAGUCGGUCCGGCACCAUCAACCCCGCCCAACAAGACAGCCUACGGCGCCUGCAAUCCCACAACUGCACAACAGACAUCCUCACCUGCGACAUCACCUCCGAACCGGACGUCCACCGCCUCGCCCAGCACCUCCACAGCCAGUCCCACUCCAUCACAGCCAUAAUCCAAUGCGCCACCAACCUCCAAGACAGCAUGUUCACCAACAUGUCCCACAACCAGUGGACACAAUCCACAUCCCCCAAGAUCCGCGGAACCUUGAACCUCCACACCUACUUCCCGACCGUCUCCACCUUCAUCGCCCUCUCCUCCGUCGCCAGCGUCAUCGGCAACAUGGGCCAGGCAAAUUACUCCGCCGGGAACGCGUUCCUAGAUGCUUUGAUGCUCUGGCGGAGGAGGCAGGGUCUCGCGGGAUAUAGUAUCAACAUCGGUCUUGUGCCGGAUGGCAGCGGCCUCACGGACGUGGCGGAGACGCCGGAGAACCGGCGGAAGAGGUACAGCCAUCUCUCUGGCACGGAGGUCUCAGUGGCGGAGGUGCAGACGCUGGUGCGGGUCCUAUUGCAGGGUGAGGUCGAUGUUCCAGGCCAGGUUGUGGCGGGGAUGCGCGAUGAUUUGGCGAGAGGGGAUGGCGAGGCGUCGUGGCGCGGGGACCGGAAAUUCGAGCAUCGCGUUGCGUGGCCUGUCGGGGGAAGGGAUGGGGAAGGGGAGGGCGGCGGAGGCGUGUCGACCAAGACGUUGCUCAAGAAAGUAGGGUCCAUGGAUGAGGCGGUCCCUGUCGUGUUACUCGCCAUGAGGACGUAUCUCGCCAAAGCGAUGGCCGCGGAUGCGGAUGCUGACAUCGUGGAUCCGGAAUUGCCGUUGUCGGCGUUGGGUGUGGACUCCCUCAAAGCAACCGAAGUGCAGAACUGGGUGGCCCGCGAGCUCGGGGCGGAGCUUUCUUCCUUUGAGUUCCUGGGUUCGUUACCUGUGAGGGCGUUGGCGGAGAAGAUUGCCGCGGCGAGUGUGUUUGUGGGUCGUUAG